AUGGCCGCCGAUGACGCGGCGCGGAGCAGCAGACGGAUGGAUCUGAACCUCUACCUCGGCCUCCCCCGCGCCCCGCGCGCCCGCCGCCCCGAUCUCGGCUCCGACCUCGCGCUUGGCACCCCGAUGCUGUCUUCAUCGUCUCCCUCGUCCUCGGCUGCCUCCGCGGACGCGCCGCCGCUGGAGACGGAUCCGCUCCACCCGCCCUACUCGCCGUCCCGCGCCGACCUGGUGCGCCCGCCGACCCCGGCGCACGAGCCCUACAACCCGUUCGCGCCCGAGGCGCACCCGCCCUACGUGCCUCUACCACCACUGCCGGUUCCAGGGGCUUUACCUGUGCUCGCUGAUGAGCUUGAGUUCGGUUUUUCCGACGCGCACCUCAGUCUGGUCGAGCGUUUGGACCGGCCGUCGUCGUCGACCGCAUCCUCUCCCUUCCGCCCGGAUCGUGCUGAGCGCUACCGCCGCUUGAUGUCCUUGGGCGGGUCUCGCUACUUCCGGCCAAGAAGGUUCCGGUCCGACCUUCCACCUCUCAGCUCAGAGGCCCCUAGCCUGGAGAAUGAUGCUGCAGCGCAACCACUUGAACCGGAAGAGCCUGUCCAUGAUACCGUGGAGGAGAACAAGGUGGUUGCCGAUGGUACUGUUGUGGGUGUCUCAGAGGACGAUGGAACAGAGCAUGGUAAGAGUGCUGCAAUGUUCGAGUGUAAUAUCUGUUUUGAAAUGGCUGAUGAACCAGUGGUUACCUCCUGCGGCCAUCUCUUCUGCUGGCCUUGUUUAUAUCAGUGGUUGCAUGUCCACUCCAGCCAUAAGGAGUGCCCUGUCUGCAAAGGAGAGGUUACUGAAGGGAACAUCACUCCUAUCUAUGGGAGAGGGAAUUCAGGUUCAGAUACUGAGAAGAAGGUUGCAGAGGAUGGCAACGCAUCUGGCCCCAAGAUUCCACCAAGGCCACAUGGGAAUCGGCUAGAGAGUUUCCGGCAGCAGUUCCACCAUUUGCGGCCCAUAUCUAGAAGGCUUGGGGAGGCGCAUGGUUUUUUGUCUACGUGGAGGCGCAUUCUUGAUCAGCAUUUGGCGAAUAGCAUGAGUAGACUUGAAGGGGCUCCUGAACCAUCUGUCUCGGAAACUGCUCAGCAUGCAAGCCGUUUGGGCCGAAUGACUACUAGGUUGAGAGCGAGGAGGUUGCAAAGGGAAGCGGAAAACACUACAUCCGUUGUUUCAUCUGCACCAGAUAGUGGGCAGCCUGGAAACAGUACAUCCGAUCUGGCAAGGCGCUCUUCAAGUCCGCUUCACUCAGAAGGGAUGGAUUUAUUGCGACACAUUGCCUUCGCUGGUCUUGAAGACACAGAAAGGUUUGCGACUGCUGUCAGUGAACUAAGGCGAAUUGCUAGGCCAAGCCCCUAUGGGGCAUCAACUUCAUCAAACCCACCAAAUCCUGAGCCUGUUGAUGGAACUCAUAUUGCCACAGCACUGGCUGCAGAUCAAGCUUCUAAUUCGAGCACCAUGGCAGUGAUUCAGGAAGAUGCGGCUUUUACUGAAAGUGCUGGAGAACCUAGUAAUGCAGGGUCUUCAAGAUCCCUGAGAAGAAGAAGAGGAAGUGAUGCCUUAGGUUCUUUGGAUGUGGAUGGUGGAGACCUACAUCAGAAUAAGAGAAGGCGGCUGAACUAA